AAGAAACCAGAAUGACCUAUAGUGGGAUUUUUCCUAUAAGAAAGAAUGUGCAUCUUUUGAAACUGUGGCUACUACUCAUGAAGGUUAUAUAUUACCUCCAGUAUCAGACACAUACCUGCUUCUGAAUACCAGUUGCUAGGAAUCAUAAAUGAAAACAAGCUAUUGAGCUCAGGUCCUUCUUAUGGGUUUAAUUAACUAUGGCAAGCUGUCACAUAUACAUUCAUUGAGAGUUCUAGAUGGAGACACAACUGUGCUAGUGACCCUCUGUUGUUGUCUUUCUUGUCAAUGUAACAAUGAAAUCAUGCCAGACUGGUGAACAUUUAUCUGAUUUGGUGGAACUUUUAGCCUGCUUCAGUUUGCACUGUGGUUGGCUUUCUGCCACAGCAUGUGUGAGCAACGAUUCAAAGUUAACACCAAACAAGGAGAUGCAACUCACCUUCUUCUUUGCUGUCUUCCUGAACCGCCUCUUCCUCACAUUCUUCAGUGGGAGAGUAACUGGAACAGCACAGCAAAUUAAUUACAUAGGGCAAAAGGGAGAGCUGAAGGGCAUUGUGACUAUCUAAGGGAAAAUGGAUCUCUCCUUGAGCAGUGAGCUAGGCAGCAAAGACGAGAACAGCCAAUGGCAGCUCCCCAAUUUCGAAGAAACCAAGAGGGUGAGGGUGAAUCUUAGUCGUAUUGUAUUGGCAAACAAUACUCCAACUCCUUGAGGAUCAAUGGAGGGGACUUUUCUGGAGGUAGAAUGAGAAGCGGGCACAAAGUCGAGUAAGGAAGGUGAAAUGAAAUAUUCUACUCACUGCCAUGAUUCCAGAGGAACUUCUUCUCUCUGUCUUUGUCUUUCUUCUUAUUGGCUUUGACAUCGGUACUUGAAGGAGUUUUAGCAUCAGUAGUCGCUGGCGCUGGCUCUUCCUGAGUAGGGUAUAGUUCACCAUCCACAGUGCACACAAGCAUCUAAAUCCCCACAAAGAGAGGCAACUGUUAUAUGCAAGGUCAAUGUCAGGGAUUCGCACUGCUGGGUACCUGAAGGCUCUAGUAACAUUCAUAUUACUAUUAUGCUGGUAAUAUUAAACUUUAUUAUCACACAUUUUUGCACAUUAUUCUUAUUUAUGGCUAUGGAUGUAGCCAUCUGAAGUUUCAGUAUGGUAUAGGUUUUGUUUAAUAUUUGUACCUUCCUAUUAUUUUGGUAUUUGAAUUCUUGAACUCAUGGAGAUAAGGGCCCCAUCGAGAUCAUUGUGCCUGAAGGCUGGCCAAAAUCUGAAGCCAGCACUGGUUGGAUAUGAAAGCACUGGGGAGAAGAGGAGACAACCAACCAUUUUGUCACCAACAGUAUUAGGCACAAGCCUCUCUAAGACCGUUCAAUUUUCUUGCUUCGGGGGAACAGCCACCUGUAAGGAAUUUCUCACACUCAAAAUUGGGUGUAGAUGUUUUACAUCGUGGAACAUCCAUAAAGAGCAUGGAAAUGAGAGUGGGGGUAAAAUUGAGACUGUGUACAAGACACAGGGGGGACAGAGAAAGUCUGAUAUCCAGACCAUGAGACAAUACUUACUUGGCAAAUAUCUGCUGUCUUAUAGAAAGUCUUCUUAUCGAUUGUUUUUAAACUCUCUGUGAUACAAGGCAAGUCCACCAGCUUAGCGGCUAAUGGGGCCCGGUCUACUCGCACAAUCCCAUGGCGGCCAUCUGCUGCAGAGAGGAAAGUAGGCUUGCACUUGAAGAUUCGUGGUAUCUUAUUAGCAAUUCAAAACACAGUUCUGGCAUGUUUAACAUGUGUGCAUGUGCGCUACUUCAUAAGAGCCCUGCUGGAUCAGACCAAAGGCAUAUCUAGCUCAGUUUCCUAUUUGCCUCAAUGGUCACCCUGAGGACAUGAGAGCAAUAACCUCCUGCUUGUGUUCCUCAUCAACUGGUAUUCAGAAGCAUACUGCUUCUGAUAUUGGAGGCAAUGUAGCCAACAGAACUAGCAGCCACCAGUAGCCAUGAAUUUCUCCAAUUCCCUUUUAAAGUCAUCCUAGCUGCUGGCCAUCACUACAUCUUGGGGUAGCAAAUUACACAGUAACUAUAAACUAUUAACUACAAAUUAUGUGAAGAAGUUGUUCCUUUUGUCUGUCCUCUCAACAUUUGGCUCCACUGGAUGCCAAAUUCUAUGAGAGAGUGAGAAAAACUUCUCUUGUGUCCGCAUCAUUUUAUACAGGCAUCCUCACACUAACAAAGGGGUUGCUUCCAGCCCCCUGAACACAUAAGUGAAAUCGUAUAAAGCGUGGCGCACCCUCUAAACUCCCUCUCAUACCAAAAAUACUGUAUCAAAAAAUAUGCACAACUAGAAUUGACAUUCUGGGGUCAGCUGGAGGCUGCAUGGGAAAGAGGCUGCUGCUCCUGAGCUACCCCACAUGUCGGCUGUUAGACAAGGAGGCUAAGCAGCCAGAACAAAGCCCCACUGUGCUUCCAGUCUCUUCAGGGCUUCCUCUGCCCUCACUGGCAUCGUCUUCAGGCUCCAUAGAGGGUCUCCUCGUGAGCCAGCUCCCUCCUGCCAUUUCUGGGUUUGAAUUAUUUAAUUAUUUCCCAGUCACGCAUGAGUCGAUCACACAUAAGUUGGAAGGCACCUAUACAUCUCAAUCAUGUUUUCCUUUAUAACAAAAAAAUAAUACUGGCAUACUGUGCAGAACUUUGAUUACUGCAACAUUCAGUGAUAACUUGCAAAUGUGAAUGGGUUAUCAUUAAAAUAAUGCUCAUGUAACCUCAAACACAUAAGUCACCUACUGAACAGCCAAUCAAAUCAAGUGAUAUUCAUGCAUGUGGAAACCAACAUUACAGGUGGGAACGUGGAUUAGAUAUAUUAUCUUCCUGAAGUAUAGAUAGGAGAAAAGACCAGUUGUACUACCCCCAUUUACAAAAAACUAAUUCAACUUUUCCGCUGUUUUUAGAGGCAUCAGUGGCAGAACAAUCCCUCUCCCUCCCCAGCAAUUUCAUGUAGCCCCACCCAAUAGCUUCCUAAUGAUUGGGCGUUCCAAACUGCAGGACCUGAUGAAUAGCUUAAGGUAAUAAAUGUGUAACAACAAAAGUCAAGUGUUCUAGCUGAUUAAGUUUUACUCAGACUAGACUCACUGAAAUUAAUAGGCCAAAGUUAGCCAUGUCCAUUCAUUUCAGUGGGUCUACUCUGAGCAGGACUAGCACUGGAUACAACUCCCAAGAAGUAAGAACUCAUUGACCUGGUCCUCUUACCAUGCAAUUCUAUGGUGAGCCUGUCCUUCAAGUUGACACUUCCAGACUGGACUGCCCUCCGCACAGUAGAAGCAUGUUCCUGAAAAGGCAGAGUUUACAAUAGAGUCAUACCUCAAGUUGCGUUUGCUUCACGUUGCGUUUUUUCAGGUUACGAAUGCGGCAAACCUGGACGUGUUUACUUCCGGGUUCGCCGCUUCACGCAUGUGCAGGAGCAAUCUGUGCGCUUCACGCACGCGCAGGAGCGCUCUAUUGCGUCACAUGCAGGCACAGAAGCAGCACUCUAACAGACUUUUCAGGGUGCGAACGGCACCCUGGAACGGAUCGGGUCCGUAAGUAGAGGUACUGUCAGCAUUUUCAUCCCUCCCUUUGCAAGGAUCACCAGAUCAUGUUUGUUUUCCUUUCUGUCUAAAGGAGGGGGAGGAAGCUACUCUUCCAGACUUCCAUCCCUAGCACUAUGUGUCUUUUUCUUUGACCUGUCUAGAGACAAGAUGGCAGUAUGAGAGAGCUGUUUCUCUCGUACAUGUUUGUUAUGUUCUUUUGUUUGUUUAAUUAGAAGAAAUAAAUUAGGUAUGCAACAAAACCUCCACAGCUUUGCUUCUGUUACUCUGCUGCGUUUCAGGUGCUCACAUGAGCAAAUGUGAGUCCACUGCACCAGGACCUAUUCCUCGGGAAUGCUGUGUUGAUGUUCCUACGUUCCUGUGAUCGGAAGGUCAGAGAAGGUGCUCCCGACACCCAGCCCAUGCAGGCACUGAAGACGUGGACUGAACAUGGGUGUACAGAAAGGUACCACUGUACCAACCCAUAUUCAUGCCUCCAGCAAUAGAAUCAGGAAGCAAGCACAGAGCACUUUGAGGCUAUUUAUUGCAAAGGGUCUCUUACCGGAGGCAGUCUCAGUAUAAACUGGCUCUCCAAUUCAUGGGGAGCAUCAUCUUUGUUCUUGCUCAUCUUUUGUUCUUGUGUUUCAGGGAACAAGAAAAGAGAAAGCAUGGUUACCUGUUGGCCUAAAAGUAGCUUCUCUCAACCUUUGUUAUCCAACCUGCUGUGUUGCUAAUAGCCUCAAAGUAGCAGUACACCCAAAUGCAUUCUGCUCAGAAGCACCUUAUUUGAAGGAACUAGAGAACUUGCACCACACAUGAAAAGCAUAUUCUGGACAAUAAAGCCACAGAUGCAACUGGCAGCUUAAGAAAUAAAAGGCAAGAUGGUAAAAGCAGAAGGGUUUGCCCACAUAGCCACUACAGUCUCCAUAAUUUACUCUGAGCCGCAGUUUCAGUCAUACGACAGGGCAAAACUCAACAGCUUUAAGAUAAAGAGCAGAAUCAAGCUAGCAAAGCUUCUCUCUUCUUCCCCACCCCAUACUCUGAAAAAGUCAUUCUUAGCUCUUUCAAAUAAGGUGUGAUCAGCAGUGUAGAAAAUCAGAUUUGAUCACAGACAAUCCACACAAGAUCAAAGGAAUGCAGGAAUCACAGUACAGUAUAAGAUUACUGUUUGAAGCAUAAGGAGAAUGCAGCCGUUGGUAGUAAAGAUCCUGCCAUUUAUGAAGCACUGGGUGCUGACUGGGUGGCAAGUAAAAGUGGAGAUUCCCUGCCACUGAACUAGUGACAGUAAAACCUUCUAUAAAGUUGGCAAUGGAUGCCACAUGUGUAAAAGGCUACAGAUUUCACUGUCUCAAAACACAGCAGCUCAUCAACAUUUUUGCUCCAGUACGCCCCCUCCAUUCCCCUAAUCACACUCCAAAGGCUUGCAGUCCUCUUUUGGAUAAUUUCAGAAAGGCAGGAGUAAUAUUUGCAUUUAGAUCCUUCUUCUAGAAAGAACUACAGAGCCAACACCAGAGUAUCAUAAAAGAAACAAAUGCAUUACUUGUAGAUGCCAUCUCUCCUCUUCUUGCUUCACGCAAACGUUUAUAAAAACUUGUACCAUUCAAAAAAACUAAACAUAAAUGCAGAAAACAACAGUUAAAAAAAGAAAAGAAAAAUGUCUGUAGAUCAAACAAUGCCUGCUACUAAAGUGAGAUUAAAUACAUCAAAUUGCUGUUUCUCUGUCCCCAUGAAUGAGAUUCUAUAAUAACAACAACAAUAACAAUAAUAAAUCCCUUAAUAAUAAUAAUUCCCCUGAACUCUUCCCCUGAACUCUCCCCCAUCCCUCAUAACCUCUCUCUCUAUAGCUGAGGAUCAGCUAAUCUGCAGGCAAUAAUUUGUUUACCUAUAGCAAGGGUAGCCCAACAUGGUUCUUUCCAGGUAUUGAAGACUACAACUCCCAGCAUCCCUGACCAUUGGCAUCUGUCUAGGUUGGAUUAGAAUUGAAUGUGGUGUCAUCCAGAUGUUAUGGACUUCAAAUUCCCAGACAGCAUGAUAAUGGGCAAGGGUGAUGGGAGUUGUUAUCUUAAAAUAUCUGGAUGGCACUAUGGUUGCCAUACUUACCAUAGAAGAGUUUGGAGAGGAAGAGUUUGGAUUUGAUAUCCCGCCUUUCACUCCCUUUAAGGAGUCUCAAAGCGGCUAACAUUCUCCUUUCCCUUCCUCCCCCACAACAAACACUCUGUGAGGUGAGUGGGGAUGAGAGACUUCAAAGAAGUGUGACUGGCCCAAAGUAGUAUAUUUUCUUUUAAUUGUCAAAUAAUUCUGUGUACAUUGCGGCAGCCUUUGGCUAUGUGCAAUAAAACUGACUGACUGGCCCAAGGUCACCCAGCAGCUGCAUGUGGAGGAGCAGAGACGCAAACCCGGUUCCCCAGAUAACGAGACUACCGCUCUUAACCACUACACCAUACUGACAAAAAAGGCAAACAAGUUCAGAAAUCAGAUUAUCCUCAGCUUUUUUAGUGGUUACCAGUAUGAAACUUUCAUACGUUGACUCCAAAAUGAAGCAUUUUUUAAGGACCAUAGAUAGGGCACAACCAAAGAAGUAAUGACAUGUAUGUUGAAUAAUAGUUAGUAUUAGUAUUUUGAAAAAUAAUUGGAACAUUCAAAGCACUUAGUAUGCAGUAUCUUACUGCAACAACUCUGCAAAGUCAGUCAUUCUCCUUACACAUCAGGUGAGCGAAGGGGCUGAGGCUGAUUAAGCAUCUGGAUUGUGGUUCAAUCUCUGAGCCAUUACACGAUAACUGCUUUUUUGUGUGGAAAGAAUGCUCUGCAAGACUAUCCAAUGGCUAUAUCAGAGAUGAAUUAAAUCAGGAUUGCUGGAAACCAUAUUAUUUUAAACUGGGGAGGGGAAACAGACUUUACUUGAAUGAAGACAUCAUUGAGUACUACAGGUACAAGACCAAAUCCUUGCAUUGUGCAUGGAUCUGGUUGAAUAAUGUCUUAUACAAAGUCAGAUGAUCAAACCAUCUAGAUCAUUGGUCUUCAACUGGUGGGUUGGGACCCACUAGUGAAUUGCUGCGUUUUCCAAGGUGGGUCAUAAGAGGAGCAUUACCACCAUGCAAAUAUAUGGUAAAAAAUAAGAAAUGGGUCCCCAGAUGCAAAUUUGGAUUGAAGGUGGGCCCUGGACCUGAAAAGGCUGAAGAUACCUGAUCUAGACCAAAGCUGCUACCCUAAGUGUUAGUUUUCCAUGCUGAUACAGGAAGUGCCAGAGGCUGGACUGGGGACCUUCUCCAUACAAAGCAUGGAGCUUUCCCCAUCAAAGCUGAUUUAAAAUUGUGCCCAGUUUAAGUGUAUUAAAAUGUAUCAUUUAACCACCUUACUUACACAUACAACAGGGCAUUUAAAUGAUACUAAAAGCUACCAACUUGGGAUGGCUUUAAGAAAGAAUUGGUCCCAUUUUGCAUGAAUUUAUCUUAUCAGUGGCAACUAGUCACAAUGUUUACAUUCUUCCUUCACUGUCAGAGCCAAUAGGCCUCUAAAUACCAACUGCAUGAAAUCACAAGUGAAGAGAGUGCUGUUGCAUUCAGAUCCUGCUUGCAGAUUUCCCCACAGGCUCUCAGACUCUCCGUGUGUCCCUAUUUUCAAAGGACAGCCCUCUGACUGUCCUCCCGGGGGGCGCCUCGCCCACCCCACCCCCCAUCCUGGUUUCUGGAUCUGAGCCCAGAAUAUCCCAUAUCAUCAUUAUGGGAUAGGGGGCCGCUCCUAUUUUCAUCGGAGGUGUUGCGAGGGUAUGGGGAGCCCUGAAGGUGGGUUUUUUCCCCCUUUGGGGGUGGGGUGAGAUAGCGCGGAGAGAGAGAAAGUGGAAAAGUCCCGAGAAAUGAAAGGAAGGGUCUAGGGAGAGAUCUGGGGCCGGCGGAGGCCUCGGUGAGCUGGGCUUGGGAGCAGCAGUGCUCAGGUGAGGCCUGUCCCCCCCCCCCCCGGGGCGCGCCUCGCCCACCCCCGCUUCCCCAGUCACCAGUCACUCACCGGCAGCCGGCAGCCAAGUGUGCCAAAGGUGGCCAGCCCUGCUCCGCCCCGGAAGCCGCGGAAGCGGAACAGGCGGCCACGGGGCGGAGGAGGAGGCGGAGAGAGGAAGGGACGCCGCGGGAGGCCUGCCGGCAGCUGCUCCUGACAGGGAAGAGAGCGACGGCAGCGACAGGUACCGGCGCGCCCCACCCCACCCGCCGCCCUUAGACAGGCCUCGACCUCCCUGCUCGCCUCAGGCCUAGGGGGGCCCCUCGCUCAGGGGAACCGCGGAAAGCUUCCUUUCAAAAAUCCGGAUUAAUAAAUCCGGAGUGGCUUUAGUCCCUUAUAAUCUUACUUUACCUGUAAUCCACCCCCCCUAAAAAAAAUCAGGGACGAGUGUUACUUGGCUGGGGAAGGCGAAGGGGAGUGUCUGCUUUUCCGCCCAAAUUAAGCCCCUUUAAUGUUUUAUGUUACCUUGGUGGUUUGUGGUUGGCGGGGGCGCGCGUGUAUCUAAAGUAAAAUUUGCCGCCUAUUUACUCCGGAGGUUUCAAGGCAGCCUACAAAACAGCUAAGAGUAUAUAGGUAUAUGGAGACUUACUGGCAUUUUGUAUUAUUUGUGUUUAAUUGCAAAUACGCAGGUUGAGUUUGCUGCUCCAGGCAACCUGUUUAUUGAACAUUCAUCCUGGUUGGUUUGUGGAGAUGUUGUUUAAUGUCCAGUUAUUUCCGCCGCCCCCCUCCCAUGUUUCCAGUGAAUUUAUAUCCCAAAAGUCCCAGGCUUGGGGUUUUUUGUUUUAAGUGGGUGCCAAACCAACUUUUAAUUGUGCAACUCAAUUUUUUUAAUAUGCGUUUGACGCAACUCCAGAUCUCCAGAGAGUCACAGCCAACACCCAGAAUUCUGCUAGCUUACAAACGCCCAAAAGUCAGCUGAGUCUUGGUCUCAAGCACAGACACCUAAGUAUUACAACAUCACCUCGAAGGGAGAGGGGGAUAAAUAUAGGCCCUUUUUCAGGUACAGUGGUACCUCUGGAUGCCAGUGGGAUCCAUUCCGGAGCCCCGUUCGCAUCCUGAGUAGAACGUAACACGCAACUGUGCGGGUCGCGUUUUGCCGCUUCCGCGCAUGCGCAUGACGUCAUUUUGAGCGUCUGCACAUUUGCGAGUGGCCGAACCCGGAAGUAACGUGCUCCGUUACUUCUGGGUCGCUGCGGAGUGCAACCCGAAAAUACUUAACCUGAAGCUACUUCAACCUGAGUUAUGACUGUAUUCACUUGCCAUUCAAAAGACUUAUGGAAGAUCAUUAGCAAGUAGUUCCCACAUCACCAGUAGUACAAGAGAGGUAAAUAGUCCCUAUAAGGUUCCAUAUCCUUCCCAUGCCAGAUAUGGUCGACAGACAAUUCGUGAGAGUGCAAGCUCUCCAUGUUUCUUGUAUCGUCUGCUUUUGGUUUGAAAUACUAUAAGAUUUUGGCCUGUUUUUUCCUUGGGGGGCAUUUCUGCAGCUUGUGUAAGAGAAAUUCCCAGUUCCUUAUAACUCUGUCUUGUGAGUACCAUCCCCGGACUAGAUUUGGGUCACUUUAUCCUGUCCGUAUAUUUGAGGGCUUUGUUUGAAAGAAACUCGGAACGUGGUAAUUAGCCUCAAAAUAGUUUUAGAUAACCUCAAGGAGUUUUGGAUGGCUUCAGCAGGAUUUCAGAGGGGCUUCAGAAGAGCCUCAAAGGAAGGGAGGAUGUUUAAAAUGCUGUCUGGUGACUCCUGGAGUCCUUAGCUGGCUGGGAUAUACAGUGGUACCUCGGGUUACAUACGCUUCAGGUUACAGACUCCGCUAACACAGAAAUAGUGCUUCAGGUUAAGAACUUUGCUUCAGGAUGAGAACAGAAAUUGUGCUCCGGCGGCGCGGCAGCAGCAGGAGGCCCCAUUAGCUAAAGUGGUGCUUCAGGUUAAGAACAGUUUCAGAUUAAGUACAGACCUACAGAACGAAUUAAGUACUUAACCCGAGGUACCACUGUAAGAUUGUUUUCUGGGAGUGUGUCUUUUUCCCCGUGUUUUUAAAAGCUCCUACUCACUCUGCUGGUGCUCACAGGAGACUUGCUUCAGGCACCAUCUUCUUUCUCCCCCCACCCCAUAAGGUUAUGAUUAUACCAGUGUACCCCAAGAGUAUUUGAGGCCUGGAGGGAAAAAAUCCCCUUUUCCUUCUGUCAAAAGUAGCAAAGGGAGGCUAGUUAUGCUUACCCUAUUAGUGAACAUUGGGCCACUUCACAGAAAAAUCACUUCUACUUAAAGGACAUUGUGUCCAUUGGAAGCAUGUAGGUAGAACAUGAGUUGCUUGUAUGACAGAAUACUUAUUUAGUGAACUUUUCAUAGGACGUAACCUGCCAGUGUUGCAUUACUGUAUUUUAGGCUUCCUGCUAUUGCAGAUUCAACAUGGCUGUUCUUCUGGAACAGACAUUUACACUCUGAUCUUUCUCUCUCAAAACUUGAGGUGAUUGAAAUGGAGGACUCAAUGGGACGUUACGACUUCUACAUCGGACUGGGCCUGGCUCUCAGCUCUAGCCUGUUCAUUGGAGGAAGUUUUAUCCUAAAGAAGAAGGGACUUCUCAAGCUAAGUAGCAGAGGUGCUGUCAGAGCAGGUAAUGAUAUUGAAUAGGAGCUCACAGAGUUACCAUGACAUCUGUUGUGGAUGGGAAAAAUCCCAGAAACCAGGCUGUCGGUGCUUCUUAAGAGUUUGAAAAAGUUUUCCAGGCCAGCUUCUGUUUUCAUUUAAACUUCACCUUUGGUUUCUUUUCUCUCUUCACAGGUCUAGGGGGUCAUGCAUAUCUGAAGGAAUGGAUGUGGUGGGCAGGGCUGCUAACUAGUAAGUCCUUCCAUGCAAGAUUUUACCAUCUUCACCUACAUUUCAACAACUUGAAUUAUUCCCUUUGCCUUCUUACAUGACCUCCAAUAGCUCCCAAUGAGUUCCUUGGUAUAAGGAGCUUUAUAAUAAAGCAGCCUUGCAAAUUAAACCACCAGAGUGGCUGGGGCGUCUACAGAUGGAUGGGGUACAUCAUCAUCAUCAUCAUUAUUACUAUGAUUUAAAAUCAUUACUAGCCUGCCUAAUAACCUAGUCAUUUGUAGAUUACUGAUAGGAAGUGGAGGGGAUAAUGUUGAAUUAAGAAGACUUCUCUUGCUGGUCACCUGAUUUUCUCACCCACCAUGAGGGUAAGAAAGGAAGAUGGAAUUUGCUCUUUGUUAACCUUUUUUUUGCCAAUGGCAAACUGCUUCUCUUGCAGUGGGAAUUGGAGAAGUUGCCAACUUUGCUGCAUAUGCUUUUGCCCCUGCAACACUGGUCACUCCUCUAGGAGCGCUAAGUGUUUUAGUCAGGUAAGUACAACAUGAUCAGAUGUUUCCCAAUCCCUAAGCCCUUUUCUGGAAAUAAAGAUGCCAGUCUCAGGUCCUUUCUCAACACAGUUGUAUCUUCCUAUAGUGCAGUUUUAGCCUCCUACUUCCUGAACGAGCACCUGAACAUCCAUGGGAAGAUCGGCUGUAUCCUUAGCAUUUUAGGCUCCACUGUGAUGGUCAUCCAUGCCCCACAGGAGGAAGAGGUCUCCAGCCUGGAGUCAAUGGCGGAGAAACUAAAGGAUCCAGGUAUUAACUGCCCCUCUUCAUUUACCUAUUGUAUGUACGCCAACAGAAUACCAUUUUGGGUGAGGGGGACUUGACAGAAAUUGAGUGCUUUCCUUAAUUUCAUUGAAUGAAAACUCAUGUUGAUAAUCAGUAACCUGUGAGUCAAUAAUUUUUAUAGGACCUAUUUUAUUCUUUAUUCCCCACCGAUGACAUUUAGUUGGCUUUGAACCAUAACAGUAUCAUAAGAAUUCUAAAGCACACUGUGCACUGAAAAACUGUACAAGCAACUGAAGGAGGAAGGUCUUGGUUCUAGUCAAACCCAGUGCAAAAAAAAUUAUAAGCUGGGGGCUAUGUGUCUUAUCUUUUGAGCCACUGUCUAAGCUCUGCUGCUUAUACUUUUUCCUCUAUGUAUUUAACUCACCAGAUUCUACUAACUGAAUCUAGCUUGUGCACUCAUGGAUCUGAACAAAACUGUCUACAUCCUGCAGAAGUAAGCUACACCUAAAAGAUUCAUAUUGUCCUUAACAAUUUCUCAUCUUUCCUCCUCCACAGGAUUUAUAGUGUUUGCUGUGUGCAUGCUGGUGAGUUCAGCUCUUCUCAUCUUUGUGGCUGGGCCUCGCUAUGGACAUAGCAACGUCUUAGUGUAUGUUUUGAUCUGCUCUGCCAUUGGUUCGCUCUCUGUCUCAUCUGCGAAAGGCUUAGGUAUUGCCCUGAAAGAACUGUUUGCUGGGAAGCCUGUCUGGAAGGAACCGUUGAGCUAUUUACUUUUUAUUUGCCUUGUGAUCUCCAUCACCAUCCAGAUCAACUACCUAAACAAGGCCUUGGAUAUCUUCAACACAUCUGUAGUGACCCCCAUCUAUUACGUCCUCUUCACCACAGCAGUUAUGACUUGCUCUGCCAUUCUGUUCAAGGAGUGGCAGCAUCUGGUUCUGAUGCACAUCAUUGGCACCAUCAGUGGCUUCCUCACCAUUGUCCUUGGCAUCUUCCUACUGCAUUCUUUCAGAGACAUCCCCUUCACUGCAGACCUGCUGCCUCUUUUCCUGAAGGAUAACCAAACAAAUGUGCGAGCCGCUUCUUGGAGAAAGGGGGACAAGCAUCAGUCCUGUCUUCACCAGCCCCUUUUGGACUCUGAGGACACCCACAAAGAGGGGACAGAGAAAGCAGAGGAGCAAUAUGGCCAAAGUUUAUGAAAGCUAGCACAUUAUACAUAGCCUUUUGGCUUUAAAAAAGAUAUAUCCCAAUCCAUUUUCCAUGUUCCAAAGAGCUUCUUAAGACUGCUGCUGUUUUCCACUAGAAAUGUUGAAUCAGAUUCUAAUAAGCAACACUGAACUAUUUGAAAUGCUUUUAUGUGUGAGUCCUUUCACUGGUAACAUACUUGAACCAAAUUAGAGACCCAAUCAGGUCAAGCUAGAGCUCAGCAAGUGGCAGCCCUAGAGCUGAACUUGCUGUCGCCUGCAUUCCUUCCCGUGCAUCCAGAAGUGAUGUGAAGGACAAGAAGGAAAACCAGAGACAAAAAUAUGUGCACCUGAGGGGUUUUGGACCAGCCCCGACACAAAAAACAAGUUUCAAAAGUAAUGGGUGAUGUGGCAUUGGUAAGGAGGGUGUGAUUUGCUCAGGGGGUGUUGCAGAGUAAGCAGAAGCAAAAUACUUCAGUCUCCUAGUCAGAGGUAGGCAUGCACAGCAGAAUUCCUCUUUCUCUCGUAAUCUGCUGAAGGUAACUCAAAUCUCGGGGAAUGGGAAAAGUAGAAAAAUAUGUGUAUGACCAAGAGGACCAGUAUGUGGACAAACAAGAGUGUGCAAGAGAGAGGAGGGUUUCUCCCUGUGUUUUCUUCCUCUGGGUCAUUUUAAAGAACGCAGAUUAAGGGAAGACACAUGCGAACACAAGGACAAGCUGGCAUGGACAGCAGACCACUUGGGUUAUGGAGAAGCUUGGCUCUAUCAUGUAAAGUGCCCCACUGAUAAAACAAGGAUAUAAGCAAUGAGUUCAGCUCUUGAAUGAGCUCUACAUUGGUGUACAUCAGAAUGCACAGAAGUUCUGUAAAACGUAACUGUUUUAACUCAGUAUGCAAGUCUCUCUUAUGAGAAUGCAGCUGCUACUGUGUUUACAUGCCUGAUCUUAAUAACAGUGCUCUACCACUUUCUGAAUGUAAGGACAGUGCAUUUUAAGUGACUUAAAAAUUAACUUCUCUUUAAAGUAUUAUCACGGGUUGCCAACCUUCUACGUCUCUUGGGUACAUUUGCAAACCAGAGAACCUGUUGUAAGACACACACAAGCACAUAUUCUGUUGGCUGCGAUAGAAUGCUUAUUUCUCAUUUCAGUGGGGGGAGAGGAGAACAAGAGGGCACUGGUUGUCAGGGAAGCCCAGUGCCACAGGGGCUGUGUUGAUGAUCACUUAAUGUUGAUGAUGUAUUAAGGUUGACAGUUAAUUUAUUUCAAAUAAAUGUUACUUUUCUUUGUACUGCCA